AUGCAGAGUGUCCGGCGGAGAGGGCUGGGCAGCCAGACGCCGCAAUGGCAGGCAGCAACGACCUCCACCCCCACCAGAGCAUCCAUUGCGCCAAUCCAGCGACGCAGCUUGACUUCGGCACAGCGUGACAACCACAGGCACGGGAGAGAAAGAGUGGUCAUUCUAGGCUCAGGAUGGGCUGGUUUCACUCUCUCGCGGGCUCUGGACCCGAGGAAGUACCAGAUCGUGGUUGUCAGCCCAAGAUCAUACUUCGUCUUCACACCUUUGCUGGCCGGCACCUCGGUUGGCACCCUCGAGUUCCGUACCACAUUGGAGCCUGUUCGCUCCUUCAAGGCUCGCGCAUACGGCGCCGAGUUCUUCCAAGGCUGGGCCGACAAGAUCGACUUUGCAAAGAAGAGACUUACGCUGGAAGAGGCUGUAGAGGACCCGGCGCCGGCGAAGGCCCUCACGGAGAGUGUGAACGAGCGAAAGACGACAGAGCAGCUGAAGGAAGAUGAGCAGAUCGAGAUCAAGAAGGGAGAGCUAUUCGGCCUGCACUACGAUAAGCUGGUCAUCACUGUUGGAUGUUAUGCUCAGACAUUCAACACUCCGGGAGCGAAGGAGAACGCAUACUUCCUGAAAGAUGUCGGCGACGCUCGGAGAAUACGAAAUCGACUGCUCUCAUGCUUCGAGGUCGCCGCGCUUCCCACCACCACCCCGGAGAUGAAGAAGAACUAUCUCAAUUUUGCUGUAGUGGGAGGGGGUCCAACGGGAAUCGAAUGGUCUGCCGAGCUGUACGAUAUGGUCCACGAGGACAUGAAAAGACUCUAUCCUGAGUUGAUCGAGUACGUCAAGAUCACGGUAUACGAUGUGGCGCCGAACGUCCUCAGCAUGUUCGAUAAGAGCUUGGGAGACUACGCCAUGAAGACCUUUCACCGUAACGGUAUCGACAUCAAGACGAGCCAUCAUAUCGAGGAACUACGCCCUGGCGUGCCCACUGGCAAAAAGCCACCCGAGGGCACCAAAGAUGGCGAUUCGUUGUACACAUUGAAGGUCAAGGAGGAAGGCGAGAUCGGCACGGGCAUGGUGGUGUGGUCGACAGGCUUGAUGAUGAACCCUUUCGUCGAACAUGAAUUGGCAGACAGAGUCAAGCUGCAUGAGAGAAACCACGGACUCGUGACCGACGGCCAUCUUCAGAUUCAGGACAAGGAAGGGAAGCCAGUCCCUGACGUCUAUGCACUUGGCGACUGCGCGGUGCUCGAAGGCACAGCAUAUCCGGCGACCGCGCAGGUAGCCUCUCAAAAGGCCAACUGGUUGGCGAAGCAAUUGAACAAGGGCACGAUCCAGCAGAAUGGGUUCAAGUACAAGGACCUUGGUGUCAUGGCAUACAUCGGCAAUCAAAAGGCCAUCAUGCAGAGUGGCGGCAGUGGAAUCAACGGCCGAAUAGCGUGGCUGAUAUGGCGAGGCGCGUAUCUGACCAAGACUGUCUCCUGGAGGAAUAAGAUCCUGAUACCCAUAUACUGGACGAUCAACUGGCUCUUUGGAAGAGACAUCAGCAGGUUCUAG